AUGGCUGCCGAUGACCCCCAAGCAUCUGCACAACCUGCCGAUGGCGAUCCACAGCAGUCGAGGCGAGUUCGCACUAGCAAGCCCAAGGUCAAGACAGGAUGCAGCAACUGCAAGAAGAGGCGCAUCAAGUGCGAUGAGAAGCGCCCGGCUUGCAGUCAAUGCGUGCGCUCCAAAAAGGACUGCACGGGCUAUCCACCACCAGCUCGGCUGAGCUCGCUUGUCAAGAUUCAGCCGCGGCCUCUGGCGAAUCCCGCAUCCUCAGUUUCUCGAGGAGCCAGAGAGCUGCAGAUUAAACAGAAGCCUCUUCCAGGCAUGACGCAAGGCACGCUCACACCACCCCAAUCGCCACCAGAGAUCGCCUUAUUGUACCAACGUCCUUCAAUCAUGACCUUCAACAAUCACGAGGGCCUUUAUUUCCAGCUAUUUCGUGAGCACACAGCUAACGAACUGUCUGGCUUCUUUGACUCCUCGUUUUGGACGCGGAGUGUUCUGCAGGAGUGCCACUCCCAGGAGGCCGUUCGCUACGCGGUUGUGGCCCUCGGUGCCUUAUACAAGACCCUCGAGAAGAUGUCGGAGUCUCCACCUGGCUCCCCCGGCACGGCCUAUGAUCCCACCGACAAUAUCAGCAGACACUGGGAGGUCGCCUUCAAGAACUACUCGUACGCGUUGAAAACCAUGGUCACUUCGACUUCACAGGACACGGCUUCUCAAAAGACCAGCUUGAUGGCGACAGUGCUGCUUGCUUGCUUCGAUUCCUUCAUCGGGGACCACAAGCAGGCUAUUGUCCAGAUUCAGAGUGGAUUAGGGCUUCUUGAAAAGCUGCGCGAGGAACGCCGGAGGGCCUUUCUACCACGGCCUGAGGAGCCAGUUGACCAAGACUUGAUUCAAAUGUUCACACGUCUGGCAAUCCAGGCCAAGUCAUACGACAUGGCCUUCCACUUCCCACAACCCUACGUCAUCCGCCUCACACAAAGCGCCGACGGCACAUCUUCGACAGAAGGCGGAUCGCCUGUUUCCACAACCUCACCGAUUAUUCCCGACACGUUUACAUCGCUGCGAGAAGCCCGGCAAGCCUGGGAUGCUCUUUGCGAGAGGAUGAUGCGCUUCACCGAAACAAUGUUCAGCUAUACUCAAGGCUCAAGCCCUAUGGGUAUCCUGCCAGAAUCGCUCAAGCAAUACGGUCUAAGUUUCAAGGGCCAAAUUGAGGCUUGGGCGGUGGCGUUUGAGCCUAUCCUGACAACCAGGACUGCCCCAGCAAGGACAAGUCAGGAGAAGACUGGCAUUGCAGUCCUCAAGAUGAAUCAGAUGAUGGGACAGAUUUUGUUCCUCAUGACUUUCAGUGAUAGCGAGGCGCGGUUCGACGCCUUUAAUGCAUACUUUCAGGCAAUUGUCUCGUUGGCCACGGAAGUAAUAGGAGACGAAGAGAGAAGGGCAGCAGCAAAGCGUUGCCCGGACGAGCGCCUUUGCCAUCACGCCUCCCACGCCGACUCACCUGGUACCACUGACUACACAGCCCGUCAUAUCAAGCCCAGUUUCAGUGCCGAUCUUGGCAUUAUCCCACCUCUGUUCGUGGUCGCCACAAAGUGCCGGGAGCGACGGAUACGUCGCGCUGCCAUUCAGCUUCUUGGAAGUAGUUCUCGACGUGAAGGCAUGUGGGACAGCGAGCUCUCUGCCCGGAUAGGUACCUAUAUUGCGUCCGUCGAGGAGGAGGACGAUACUGCCGUCAGGCUUGAGCGCUCCAUGUCAGAUGCAGCAAGCCCCUACCCAGGCUCAACUGGUAGUCCGGACUCAUGGCGGCAUGGCUCCAUCGACUCCAGUGCACACGCGUCUCUUGGGCCAGGGGGCAAUGCGCGCUGGGGAAGUCGAAGCGAGGGAAUGGGAGGCGUCGGGCUUGGCGAUGAAGAUUUGGGACCUAUACCUGAAGAGAGACGCAUCAUGGUACGGGCUGUGGAAUUUGACCUACGCGAACGGACCGCAACACUACGAUGCGGCAGCCGGAACCUGAUCCCUGGCAUGCCGGAUCAGCGAGCGCGAGUCACAAAUUUGAGUUGGUGA